CACGAGCUUAAACCUUCACGUUGAAUACGAAAGACCUAUUUUCGAACCUGGUUUUUGAACUCCAUUUUCGCUCUAAGGCUCACAUUUCCCGCUUUGAUCAGACUCUAAUCCGUCACAGAUCUCCAUAUAUGUCUGCAAAUAGUCGCGGACAAUUCUUUUUCCGUUAAAACGAAAUCAGAAUCAGGCUUUUCUGUGAAGCAAUACCAAAGGAACGACGAAAUUACAAUGGAUGACCGAUUUUAGCAGGUCCCUGUCAAGAUCUGCGAGUUUCCGACUUUGUGUGGCGAUUUCAAGUAUGCUGCUGAAGAAAUUUGUUUUUAAUCAGACCACAGGUAGAAUAAUUCUGAAUAAUACUUCUUGCUCACUGGAAAGGAAGGAAUCUAGUAAGAUGAGCACGUAAUCUUGAUUUUAAAAGGCUGAAUUCAGAAGAAAAGGAAUCACAAAUAAUAGUUUCUCAGAUCAAAUAUUGCAAUUUAGCGUCUUCCUAGAUAUCUCGAGAGGUUACAUUUCGGUUUUGGAGAGCUGAUAUUGAACAUUCGAGGGUUUGAUCUUUUAGCUGUUUGAAUUUUUUUCACAUAUAAGGCAAAAUGAAGGUUUUUUGAGUUACAGGUUUAAAUGAAGAGGCGACUUGCUUACAUAUUCAACUAAAAAGAAGUAUAAAUAAACCUUCAAUUAUUUUCCUUUUGAAUAAGUGACAAAAGAGGCUCCAAGUGAGUGCGGCCUUCCGAUUGAAGACCUUUUUUGGUUCCGUGUAUAAUAUGCCAAGAUAUGAGACCUAGGUGUCUUUCAUUAGUACAAUUUUUCUUGGAAUAUAUACAAGCUUUAAUGUUUUUGAGGGUUUGGAGUCAUUGAUACUGAUGGACCACCAGGAGGUGAGAUUAGAGAUCCCUGGCACAGGCACAAAUGUCAACAGUACAAGUUAUGACCCUGCAGGGGAAAAAUCAUGGUAUAUCCUUACAAUUUUGGCCAGAGUAGGCAGGCCAAGUACGCCAGAAGAAAUUUCGGAGAGAUGCAGGUUUAUCUCUAUAACCCCGGCGGAAAUUUUGCAUCUUUGUUGUAUUCCCGGUUCACCUCUCUACAAUGUAGAUGGUCUCAUAACCUGCUCCCCUCUAGCAGUACAUACUUUUGACAAAUUCUGUAGCAACUCAGUGUUAGAUUCAACGUGUACUAGUACCAAAGAAAUGGUAAACGAGCUUCGUUUAAAAGGUCCAAGAAAAAGGCUCCUCGGGGAGGUGGUAAAAACUGUUUCUUCCAGACAAGCAAAGAGAGUCUGCAAACCAGGUACAAUUUGUGCUUUAGAGAAGCGGCGGCAAUCUCAAAACCCUUCUCCUUUAGGUCGAGAUUCGUCAAAUAUUUCCCCGAAUUUGGUGGGAUUUGGAGUUGGUGAUGGGGUUCCUGAAGUUAAUAAAGCUACUACAGUUUUCGAUGGAGCAGCUAAAUGUGACGAAUCUUUCAGAAUUGAAGAUGGAUAUUCUGGAGGUAAUGGGACUCCCGGUGAAGGAGUUCUUGGAGUUGGCGAUGGAGAUGCUCAAGGCUAUGGAGUUCCUGGAGUUGGCGAUAGAGAUGCUCAAGGCAAAGGAGUUCCUGGAGCUGGUGAUAGAGUUACUAAGGAUAGCGUAGCUCCUGAAAUUGAGGAAGAAGCACCUACUGGUGAUAACAAGAGAAAUUCAUUUCCAUUGGAACAUAUCAGAAUGGAAGGUGGUGCUGAGACAGGAGCAGUAGACAUCAAUAUAGCUGAUGCAACCAUCCAAUCAGAAAACUGUAAAUCUCCAGUGGAGCCCAUGCAGUCUUCUGGAAGUAUAGAUGAGAACUGUGAUGCUAACAAUGAACAUUUCCACACAUAUAAAAGACAAAAGAGAGAGCUGUCUGAAACCCAGUUCGAUUAUAUGGAUAAAGAUGUUUUUCAUUCUGAUACUCGUAAGAUGGAUUUUAAAACUUGUUCUAUUGUAUCACAAGUACAAGCUAGCAUAAAGCCUGAUGGAAUUCAAAAUUUGAAGCUAGAAGAUGAAAGGGUGAAACAUGAACAUGCCACUGUAGUGGGAGAUGCUGUGGUGUCAUUGCAAGCAUGCAUCCCUUCUACAAAGAUUAAUCAGAUUCCCGAAGAGGGAGUUCCUACAAAAGAUAAAAUUACAAAUUGUUCUAUUGCACAUAUUUCUCCAGAAGGUUCAGUAAUUGAUGACAUUUUCAAGGGUAGUGAUGGGAAAUGUGAAAAGAAAGGUGCUCAAAUCUUGAAGUCCAAAUCAAAGUCUGAAUUGCCAUCUGAGAAGGUUGGUGAUUUUCAGAUUAAUAAACUACGUAAAAUAGAGCAAACUUGUGCUAAUUAUGAGAAGAUGGGUAAUGCAAAACAGAAGAUAAAAAAAAUUGGAAAGGCUCAGGCAUAUGUCCAGGAGGAAAUGGAUUCUGCAGUUCCAGCUUCUAACAUGAAUGAUGUGGGGUUGAAGCGGAUUCCUCAGUUUGAGUCGUUUAUUGUUGAGGAAGAGGAAGGUUCAGGUGGAUAUGGGACUGUGUACAAGGCUCGAAGGAAGCAAGAUGGAAAGUCAUUUGCUAUAAAAUGUCCUCUUGAAAAAACAUCGAGCAAUUAUGUGACUAAUGAGAUAAAGAUGUUAGAAAGAUUUGGUGGAAAAAACUUUAUUAUAAAAUAUGAAGGUGCUUUCAAUGAGAAUGAUUGUGACUGCCUUAUUCUUCAACACGUUGAACAUGAAAAACCAGAGGUUUUGAGGAAAGAAAUAAAUAUAUCACAGAUUCGUUGGUAUGGUUAUUGUAUGUUCAAAGCACUACAAGCAUUGCAUAAGCAGGGAAUAAUUCAUAGAGAUGUUAAGCCCGGAAACUUCCUUUUCUCUAGGAAAUCAAAUAAAGGAUUUCUCAUUGAUUUCAACCUAGCAUUGGAUCAGUAUGAUCCAAAUGCUGGAAGACCUAAACCUAAGAUGCUUCAGAAUGAUAAGAGAAGUAUUGUGGCUGCUGCUACUCACAAGCCGCCUUUCUAUAGUGGCAGGAGAGAUAUUGCUAACAUCCGACAUAAAGCUUUAAUUGCAGCUGCAGAUACAACUAAUCAAGAAAAACAAACAAGGCAGGUUCAUGUCAAGCCAUCUGGCAAUGUGAUCAAUUUAAAAAGGAAAGUACAAACAACUGAGGCAAGACAACAUGAUUCCAACAAUCACAGAACGCAAAGUAAUCUUUCUCCAGAUACAAAGAAUGCAAACCACAAAAUCAAGUUUGGAGAGAGAACAGCUGUAAAAGUUUCUGGUCUGCAUUUGUGUAAGUCAGCAUCAAAAGACAUGACAAGUGCACGCACGCCCUCUGGAGGCAAUAGAAGGGAGCCCUUACCCAGCCAAGGUAGGAAGGAGCUGCUCAACUUGAUACACCUAGCACAGCAGAGCCCAGAACAGCACGCACCCAUGAUUCCUGUUUCUCAACGGAAGCGUGUAGCUGCACCCCAGGAGAGAUUUAAAAGAGACAAUGGUGGCAUUGUCCAUGUCUCUCCUAUGCCAUUUCAACCAAAACUUGCUACAGGCACAUAUGGCUUCAAUGAUAUUCAAAAGAACAAAGACAGUCAAAAGUUUAAAAGAGAUGGACCUUGUGUUGGGACAAGGGGUUAUCGAGCUCCAGAGGUUUUAUUGAGAUCUUUACACCAGGGUUGCAAGCUUGAUAUCUGGUCAGCUGGUGUAACCUUGCUCUAUCUUAUGGCUGGGAGAAUUCCAUUCCAAGCAGGCAGCCCUGAUCAAGCUAUCAGAGACAUUGCAAAAAUUAGAGGCAAGGAAGAAAUUUGGGAGAUAGCUAAGCUACAUGAUAGGGAGAGCUCUUUGCCUGCGGAUCUCUAUAAAGCUGAGUCUGGGAAUGUAUCAAUAGAAGAGUGGUGCAAGAACAAUACUAAAAGGCCUGAGUUCCUUGAUAGUAUUCCAACAUCACUCUAUGACCUUGUUGAUAAGUGCUUGUGUGUAAAUCCUAGACAGAGGAUAGAUGCAGAUCAAGCUCUUGAACAUGAUUUUUUUUCUCCUUGUUAUGAAGUUUUGAAGAGGACAAGGUCUUCAAGCAGGGAAUCUGUUUUGACUGACGUAACUUCUACCCAAACUCUUGAUAGUGGUUGUUGAAAAAGGCAGUUUGCCUACCAUCCAAGCCUUCUAUGGAAUAUAAUGCUUCAAAGGUUCCCCAGUUUUACAUUAAGGUGAUCGCAAGAUUACACCGUGGGAAGCUAUAACCAUUGUAUAUUAAUAUCUUGUAUCAUACUUGAUUUCUCUAUCAGCUUCCAUUUUUCUGCACUGAGAAAAGAUUCUAUCAUCUCAAGGCUAAUGAAUGAUACUGCUGUGGUGUAGUUGGAACUUGAUUACUCCUCUCCAGGAAGUGUUCAAUCUUUUUUUGAAUCAUAUAAUUUGACAAGAGCAUAGUUGUGCCUACUAUGCUAAUUGUAAACUGUUCUACCCAGUUUGCUUUAACAAAACCAUUCCUCCCAGCAGCUGAAGUUGCUUGUUAACAUUCAUUAAAGCAACUCUUGUAACCAUAGGAUUACAUUCAAAGAUAAAUUCAUUUUUAGUCCAUUUAAAAAUCUACAAUCUCUGUAAACUUAUGCAUGGAACCAUUUUUUCCCCCUUUACCGAGUGCAUUGAUGUAAAAAAUUUCAUUUCAGUUGUGUUUGAAAUUGCAAGGGUGAGGAGAUGAGGCCAUAUAUGCAGAAACGGGAAUGAAUCUAACUGAGAUUAGCCAAUAAUUAUUUUUCAGUUUUUAUUGCGUAUACUACGUAAACACGAUACGUUGUAACACAAUUGAUGAUUAGCUUUAUUUCAUUUGCGCCUU